UUAGACGGUACAGGUAUGGUCACGCUGAAUACCUUCGUACCGUGUGUUUCGACUUUUCCAGGCCACAAAAAACCGAGUUUUCCCUGCAAAAAAGUGCAUUUGGCGCAAGGAAAAUCUUCGAUGUGGUCGCCCUAAGCCAGCAGCAAGAUUGCAUUUUCGAAAUUUUCCGCCUGCAGCUGGCCGUGGACGUGCUUUGUAUCCGUGGAGAACAGAGACGCAAAGAUAGACGCCGUGUGGGGUUGGGUUGCUUCCGGCCCGCUGCGCUUAGCAGCGAACAGAAUGGGCGACCUGCCGGGCUCCACCGGUGGCGCUGGCGGUGUGGGCGGCGGUGCCGGUGGCGGGAACGGGGGUCCCACCAUCACGGGCGGAACGGGCAUUAACUCCACAGCCGGCGGCGGCGGCUCCUCCGGCGGUUCCACAGGCCUUGACCGACCACCGUCGCCCGCCCGCCUCUCGCACACUUCCGAAAAGCACCCGAAGGUUACACUCACGGAACUCAACAUGCUGCGGCGUCAUCGGGAGCUCUGCGACGUCGUGCUUAACGUGGGCGGGCGAAAGAUAUUCGCCCAUCGAGUGAUAUUGUCAGCCUGCAGCUCCUACUUCUGUGCCAUGUUCACCGGGGAGCUGGAAGAGUCGCGCCAGACAGAGGUCACCAUACGUGACAUCGACGAGAAUGCCAUGGAGCUGCUCAUUGAUUUUUGCUACACCGCCCACAUUAUUGUCGAGGAAUCGAAUGUCCAAACACUCCUGCCAGCCGCCUGCCUGCUGCAAUUGGUGGAGAUACAGGACAUAUGCUGCGAGUUCCUCAAGCGGCAGCUGGACCCCACCAAUUGCCUGGGCAUUCGCGCCUUUGCCGACACACACUCCUGCCGCGAGCUUCUGCGGAUCGCCGACAAGUUCACGCAGCACAACUUCCAAGAGGUGAUGGAAAGCGAGGAGUUUCUGCUGCUGCCAGUUGGCCAGCUGGUGGACAUCAUCUGCAGCGACGAGCUAAACGUGCGUUCCGAGGAGCAGGUCUUCAAUGCGGUCAUGUCCUGGCUGAAGUAUAAUGUCGCUGAGAGGCGACAGCACCUGGCACAGGUCCUUCAACACGUCCGUCUGCCCCUACUCUCUCCGAAGUUCCUUGUCGGAACUGUGGGCUCCGAUCUCCUGGUGCGCAGCGAUGAGGCUUGCCGGGAUCUGGUGGAUGAGGCCAAGAACUACCUCCUGCUGCCGCAGGAGCGGCCGCUAAUGCAGGGCCCACGUACUCGACCCCGCAAACCGACGCGUCGCGGCGAAGUGCUGUUCGCCGUGGGCGGAUGGUGCUCCGGCGAUGCCAUCGCCUCUGUGGAGCGAUUUGAUCCUCAGACCAAUGACUGGAAAAUGGUUGCGCCCAUGAGCAAACGUCGCUGCGGCGUGGGUGUGGCCGUCCUUAAUGAUCUGCUGUACGCAGUGGGAGGCCACGAUGGGCAGAGUUACCUGAACAGCAUCGAGCGUUAUGAUCCGCAAACGAAUCAAUGGUCCUGCGAUGUGGCGCCAACCACUUCCUGCCGCACUAGCGUCGGUGUGGCAGUGCUCGAUGGCUUUCUGUAUGCGGUGGGCGGCCAGGAUGGCGUCCAAUGUCUGAAUCACGUGGAGCGUUACGAUCCCAAGGAGAACAAGUGGUCUAAGGUGGCACCGAUGACCACACGUCGAUUGGGUGUAGCCGUGGCCGUUCUGGGUGGCUUCCUCUAUGCCAUAGGUGGUUCCGAUGGCCAGUGUCCGCUAAACACCGUGGAGCGAUACGAUCCCAGACACAACAAAUGGGUGGCCGUUAGUCCGAUGUCGACGCGGCGCAAACACCUGGGCUGUGCCGUGUUCAACAAUUACAUUUAUGCCGUAGGCGGGCGAGACGAUUGCAUGGAGCUCUCGUCCGCCGAACGCUACAAUCCACUGACCAACACCUGGAGCCCCAUCGUGGCCAUGACCUCGCGCCGCAGCGGGGUGGGCCUGGCCGUUGUAAAUGGUCAGCUAUAUGCGGUGGGAGGCUUUGAUGGGUCAGCCUAUCUAAAGACCAUUGAAGUGUAUGACCCGGAGACGAACCAAUGGCGAUUGUGCGGCUGCAUGAACUAUCGCCGGCUGGGCGGCGGUGUGGGCGUCAUGCGGGCACCUCAGACUGAGAACUAUAUGUGGUGCGAAAGCAGUUUUAAGCAUCACUCUAUUCCCUCAACCUAAUCUCCAUCCACUAACCAUUCUGUUGUUGUUUUGUCUCCAUCUCUUCAUCCCAUAAAAAAAACAUGCUAACAAAUGCCCAGGAUACGCAAGGAUUCUGUUGUCUGAUGGGAGCAGCAGCCGACGACGUUGCCCUCGCAAACGUUGCCGCCGCCGCAUUUCUACUAACAAUAUAUAUCCGCAAAUCGAAGCCAAAUCUAAUCUCCCCUCUCCCCGGCGUUGUCUAGCAGUAUAUAAAAUCGGAAUGUAUUAAUUGUUAAUUGUUUAUUGACCGCGUUUGUUAGACAAAAAGAAAAUAGUAUUAAAGUCAGCAUUGCCCCCUCUUCUGUUCA